GUCCUCGACUCGCAGUACCACGCGGAGCUCGCGCCCGAGCUGCUCGCGCUGCACUCCUUCAAGCAAAUCAAGGGGCUGCUUCUCGCCAGCAGAAAGGCCAUCCACUCGCAGCCCGAGGCGAAGCUGGGCGACAUUCUCACGCACGCCUCGCUCGCCACCUUGAACAAGGGCGUGCACAUCCACUGCAAGACCUGCCGCAAAGGCAGGUACGGCUGCCGGCAGUGCCGGCUCGCCAAGAGGUCCGGCCACCCGGUCGCGGAGACGCGCUGCGUCGAGUGCGUGCUGCCCGCGGGCAGGGGAGCAGUGGUGGAGGGAGCCUUCGACUGGCGCUGUCCGAUCUGCCACCGUUUCGACGGCGAGUCGGUCGCCAAGGCGGACCAGAAACGGGACAUCCACUUUCAGGAGGUUCGGACCAAGGUGCGUUCGCACGGCACACGGACCCCGAGACCCCGCACGAUGAUCACGGUCGACGUGCCUUCUCGCCGGCGCGGCCACCGCCGAGCGCUGCUCGCUCUGGGUGCAUGCGCGUGCGCCGCACUCGGCCUGGCUGCCACCUCGCGCGCCGCUCCGCGUCAUCUCGAUUGGCUCUCGAUGGCUCUGGGCGUCACCGAUGUGGCUGAGCCACGGGGCGCGGGCGGGGGCAGCAGCAAUUGGGUCGACGAACUGGGUGCAAAUUUUGGGGGUCAGCGGGAGCAAAAUUGGAUCAACGACCUGGGCGCGGUGGGCGAGAGAAGCGGUGUCGCGGCUGCGGCGGAGCCGGCGGCAGUCGCGGCCACCAGUAACGAAUCGUACUACUUCAACGUGGUCGAACAGGCUGCAGCCGCCGCCGAGACUGCGGCGUGGUGGCUCGGCGGCUGGUACGACACGGAGCCGAGCGUAUCCAACCUGCGCGAGCGGCUGGAGUCAUUCAUCCGGCUGCAGAGCAAGCUGCGCGGCGUCGCCAUCUCGCUCUCGUGGGUGUCUGCCAGCGAAAACUUCACGCUCGUGGCGGGCGAGUGGAAGGGGCGCAAGGUGACCGAGGACGACAUCUUCCUCUUUGGCUCUGGCACCAAGCCGUACACGGCCGUCGGGGUGAUGCGAGCCGUCGAGGCGGGGAGGGUGGGCCUCGACGACGCGGCGGCGCCGCUGGUGGACAAGGCGCUGAGGAGAGUCGGCGCCAACACCACCCUCGCCGCCCUCUUUGGCCCGCGCGCUCGCCUCGUCACGCUGCGUCAGCUGCUGCACAUGUCUUCGGGGAUUGCUGACUUCGACUACCCCGCCUUCGACGACGCGCUGCUGCAGGCGGGGGUGGCGAAGCGCGUGCACCCGCCGCCUGGAGUUUGUGCUCCGCGCCCGCCCCCGUGA